CACGCGCGGCGGCGGCGGCGGCGGCGGCGGCAAACAAAACGCGUAAAAACACGUCCCCGGACCAGGCGCAGUGCGCGUAUCGUACCUCGUCCUGCGCGGUCGUGUGUUCGUGUAUAAUAAUAUUCGUUUAUAUUAUAAUUAUUAUUUGUUAUUAUAGUGUGUCGCCGACGGUUGUCCGGUGAAAAACGGAGCUUCUUCGUAUUUUUAUUUUUUUUUUUUUUACCUUAACUUAACUCGACCUGUUUAUAAUAUGUGAGGUAUUUCGAACACCAGUGUAUGUGUGUGUAUGUGUGUGUGUGUGUGAAUCUGUCGUACGUGGACGUAUAAUAUAAUCAAUAAUAAAAUAAUUAUAUAUAUAUAUAUUAUUGUAUCAAAACAUUAUAAUGGACGACGAUACAGCGUUGGUUUUGGGCGUUCAACUAUUGGCCCUGUGUUGCAUAGCGUGCUCUCUGGUGCUAUACUUGUUGCGGAAAAUGAGCAGGAAAACCGUGGACGCGGUUCCGGCGCUCCGAUCAGUGCUGGUCACAUCAUGUGAAACGUCCGCUGGACUGCAGCUUUGCGACCGGCUGGCGGCCGCUGGUUUUCGGGUGUUUGCCGGCCACAAACCGGACAUCCGGUCGGACGCGGCCGAGUCUUCCGAUCACGCACCGCCGUCCGGCCCGUCAUCCGGGGCCUGUGCCCUGCUCCGAUCGCGCGUCAAGCAGCGUGAAUCGGCCGCGGCGGACGUGGAACGGGCACCCGGAGGUAUUGUGUUCGUGUCGUUGGACGUGACCCGCGAGGAUUCGCUGCACGAAGCAGUGGUCACCAUCAAAAGGCAUCUGCCCGCCGGCGAAGACGGUUUAUGGGCUGUCAUAAAUACCGCAGACGUAUGCCUGAAGGGAAGAAUCGAAAUGCAAGAGAGCGCUCAAUGGGAGACGUUAUUUAAGACUAAUGUUUUUGGAACACUCAAGGCAGCCAGAACAUUUUAUCCUUUACUAGUGAGCCAAAAAGGUCGUUUUAUUAACUUCGGCACAUCCAACGGACAUCCUCGCCGGCAAGGGAUGACUGCUUUCGACUCAGCGCGCCAUGCCGUGGUCGGUGCUAGCACCUCGUUAAGAGAAGACCUAAAGGAUUUGGGCGUACACAUAAUCAUCAUAAACACAAAUCACAUUCUGCCGGAGCACAUGUUCGAAUUGGUGCGAUCUUCUGGCAGGGCAAACGAACAAACGCUCAAUGACAUUUUUCUGAAAACUUCUCUACCCGAGUAUGCCAUUCACAUAAUAUUGGACGCACUGCUCGAGUCCAAUCCCAAGCCCGUGUACGCUUUUGAAAAACCGUCGAUGUUUAAUUGCAAUAGCUUUUCAAAAAAAAUUCUGAAGUCCGAACGUUACGUCGGAUAUGAAAAUAUUUAGUUAAAUGCCUUUGUUCCGCAGUUCCAAAAUAGUGUACAAAUUGUAACAGACAAUGAAAUUGGAACUAAUCAAAGUUGCAUUAUUAUUUUGAUUUAUUAUCAUAGCAUUAAAUAUCUACACAUACAAUAUUAUUUAAAUGUUAUUAAAUGGUCAGUUUAGUUUUAUAUAAUAUUUUUAAAAUACUUGUAAUGUUGUAUUAUUGUUGUAAAAUAUAUGUUCAAACUAAUUUGAUUGAACACUCUGCCAAUGUGCCGUCAAACUUGUACUUACAUAGUAUUAUAGUAAUUAUUGUUGUUAUACAAUGAGUAUGAUAUUGUAUAAAAAUUUAAAAAAAUUAUACAAACAUAUUUAAUUCUUAUCAACUA